GCCAGCUGGGGAGCGAAGGACCUUUAAAAAACGAAGACUUCAGUACGACGACGGAUCACCCUUCAACAUUCGACUGUUUCUACUGUCAUUCUUCUUUUCCGGAUAGUUCAAUGAGCUGUGACCCAAGAUGCCUCUGAACGACGAACGACCCAACUGCACUUCCAGCGGUGAGGACCAAGGCAGUGAUAUAGAGUCGAUGUCAGAACGCUGUGAUAGCAUGACGUCGACCAGUGACCUGGACUGCUCCCGUGAAAGCUUCUCCAGUGACUGCUCCAGCAAGCACUGCACACCUUCAUCGAGUCCACCCAAACCUUUAACCCUGGAAGAAGUCAUGGAGUCUGCCAGAGACCUCUCCAGUCUCAGUCUUGCCCAUGAGAUCACUGUGAACCACAGCUUCCACAUUGAGCCAAUCAGUUUACCUCAGGACAGUUUAUGGAAGUUAGUUCGAGACAAUGUCCACAAAGCUUUCUGGGACAUCCUGGAGUCAGAGCUGAACGAUGACCCGCCUGAAUAUGGCCAAGCCAUAACACUCUUGGAGGAGAUCAGAGAGAUCUUACUGUCAUUUCUCAAUCCCGGUGCCAAUCGAAUGAGGACCCAGAUCAUGGAGGUCCUGGACAUGGACUUGAUUUGUCAGCAGGCUGAACACGAUGCUGUUGACAUCCAGGGACUUGCCUCCCACAUUAUCACCACCAUGGGCAAGAUGUGUGCACCGGUCAGGGAUGACGACAUUAAGAAACUGCAUGAAAGUACAGAUAAUAUUGUGACACUCUUUAGGGAGAUUUUUCGUGUGCUGGACUUGAUGAAGGCAGAUAUGGUGAACUUCACCAUUGUUAAUCUGCGGCCUGUGCUGCAGAAACAGAGUGUUGAAUAUGAGAGGGCAACGUUCCAGAACAUCGUAGAAAAAACACCCAAUGCUCUGAAAUAUACCACCUCCUGGAUUAAGUCGGUAGUAGGGGAGCUGUGGGCCAACAUUUCAACAGACCAGACUCAGGGGAAAGAACAGAAAAGUGUGCCUGGGCCUUUCCAGAUUCUCAGUGUGGCCUUUCUCCGUGUCCUCACAUGGGACUACAAUAAGAGCCCUCUGCCCGAGACCUGGAUUACAGACGAGAUGCGUCUUCGAGAAAUUCAGUGGAAGCUUCAGCAGUAUCAAGCAGUGAACGAGGUGCUGCUCAUUGUGCACAGCACCAUUGGUGGGCCCGUCCAAGGUCUGUCCAUCCUGUCUGACCACCUGAAGAGGAUGACAAUGGUGCUGUUGGAUGGAAUGCACAGCCCGGACUUUGAUCUAAAAGAGGCACUAGAGGGCAUCAGUGUUCAGAUCUGUUGUGAGCUCAACAAGUCAUUAACAGAGAGGAACUACCCUGCACUGACUGCUGCGUUACAGUCCACACUCACAGGCCAGAUCUGCAGCAUCACCGAGAAGGACAAUCCCAUCCGAUGUUUAGUUGAGGACCGUGUGCAGCAGUACUUUAUGGCUCUCAUCUGUGAUCCUAAACCCCAGGCCAAACUUGAACAGGUACCAGCUGGCUUGACUGCGAUCAAGCCUGAAUUGGCCUCAGUCGGAGAAAGGUUCAUCAGCCUGGUCAACUACAACAAAUCGGUGUAUGGACCUUUCUAUGCAGAUAUCAUCAGAAAGCUGUUGUUCAGCAGCAACCCACCAGCAGGAAACCAACCCCAGAGCACGGCUCAGGAGUCUAUCACCUCAGAGUAAAUCCAUACUUUGGCACAGGCUGUUUAGAACUCUUUUUGCAACUUGAUAUGGCUGAAUCCAAGUAGGUACCACAAAGAGCCACGCAGAACUACACCUCUGUUCAGCCAGUGAGCUCUAGUAGAUGGAGUUACUUUCAGUGUAUUACAAAUGACGACAAAGUUUCUACCACUACAUUGUGCAGUGUAGGCACCAUAAGGGCAUCAUUAAAUGUGACCUCCAUCAUAAGUGAUAAAUGUUUCUCCUAUGAACAUUCACAGCUGAACGGUGGUGGCCCUACAUUGUGAGUUUGUGCAUAUUCAAACUGCUGUUGUAAAGAGGGAAUAGGGCAAAAGGGCAAAGUAUAGGAUGUGUGAGACAUACAGUAAGCUUUAUGAAGCAAAGAGGAAUACAAUUACAGCAAUAUAUAUAGAAAAUAGAGUAGCAUUUAAACUAUGGUUAACUACAACAAACUAAUGCAAAACUGGAUCCACUUUUUCAAAACUCUUCAUACAGUCUGGGUUACCAACAUUCAUCGUAAGCAACCGGUUAAUUUCACUUUCAAAACUUACUGAAAUCUCAAUAACACUUGAUAUAUGUGUUGUCCUGGCCAAAGAGAAAACCUGUGUGCCAGAAAGAGACUCCCCGUUUCCCACAACACAAACCAUUUUAAAGGUUUAUUUAAAAAACAGUCAAGAUGUUUGCUGGGGUUCUGGCUGUGAGUAGUUCACGGGAACGUACACCUGGCAUCAUGUACUGGAAUGUCUCAAUGUCUCAAGCCAAACCAUACUUCUACCAGGAUCGACCCACACACUCAAACACAUGAAUCAAUCAUGUGUACACCUGCAGCCCAUCACACACUCAGGCUUAGUCCACACGUAGGCAGUUUUUUUUUUUCCUUCCCUGGUUUCAAAAAAAACAUCUUCACCUACAUGGAAAUGCAAAAACCCACUGGUAUGUGCUGUCAAAAGCCUAAUUUUAGGAAAUAGGAGUUGUGUGGUCAAAAUGGAGUUGUGUGGUCUUAAAGUCAGCUCAGUCGACCAUAAACAAUUCAAUCAGAAAGCAAACCUAACACACUGAUCGGAAGACAUGAAAAACAGGUAGUAUCACACAAAUUGCAAACUUUCACUUUUGCAGUUUUAUUGCUUUUUUUCUAAUUUUCACGUCAGCAUUUCAUUGUACAUUUAGAAAUGGCAACUAAAAGAGUCUGUUUGCUAAUUAGAUAAUGUUUCCAUUUGUUUGCAUUUCAAACUAUGAUUUUGUAGGUUUUUUUUGGAAAGGACGGUGCAUGUUAAUGACCGUUUCAAGAAUGUCAACACCACAGAUUAUAGUUUUAAUUUCUUGUCCCCAAAGUUGUUAAGAUAAAAUUACAACAAUCACAGUUCACACCCAUACAGCACAUGUCAAAGUAGUUCAUUUAUACUCACCCAUGCAGUUCAUCAGUACAAUAUUACUUAUUAUAAUAUAAUAUAAUAUUAAGUACUCUGUAGGUAGUAUUGUAUUUUUGUCAGUAUGUUUACUGCAGAAAUCUAUGAAAUUUGCACCAUCCUGUUUGAUUUUUUUUGUUUUUUCAAAACUUUGUUUGUGGAUGAACACAGAUUUAUUGGUCAUGGACUGAAUUUUGUGUGCAAACGAUAGAAAACUGUCCACACUUUGGUCCACAUUGUCUUCUGUCUUCUAUGGUCGGCUAAGAGUUUUGAAAACAAGACUAUAGUUUUGACCAAUGCAUGCUAGCAACUGUAUUGUCAAUGAUAUGUCAAAAGAUUUUUGAUUUCAUGUCUGCAUGAGAAGCAUUGUGUUAGAAUUAUGUCUUGUUAGUUCAUUUGUUUGACAUAUGUCUAAUGUUGUAUUCAUUUACUUACAGUAUAUUCUAAUAAUGGAAUACUUGUCACAUUGUUUCAUUUAGUAUGAUUGUUAUGUUUUGUGGUACUGUAGUUGCUACAGUGUUUCUAUGUUGACUGUUGAAACCCGUUUUUGAUUGAAAGGUGCUGAACCUGGAGGGAUUUUUGUGCCCAAAAAAAUUCCAGGAGAUCCAAAUAAGUAAAAGUAAAGAAUAAAAAAAGCUAUUUUAUCCUCUAAAGUUUACACAAAAAGUGGGAUGUUGUUCUUCUUUUCCAUAGUUAAUAUAAUAAAAAUAAAUCAUCAUA